AUGAGUGCUAUCUGGGCAGGUAUCAAUGGUCAGAUCGAGCGCGCAUCCCUCCCGGCGAGAGAAGACCGGAGGGGUCGUCGAACAGCAAUAAAUUUGAGCCAGUGGAUUAAUGAGAAUUGUCCCAAUUUGUACAAGUGGGCGCAGUCUCAUGACACUGGCGCUAGAUACGGUAUAAUGACAAGCAACAUGUCCGAGGUGUACAAUGGUGUUCUUAAAGGGGUGAGGGCACUACCUAUCACAGCACUAAUUGAUGAAACUUGGAACCGGACUGUGUCAUACUUUGCAGAUAGAGUCACCGUUGCCAAGGCGCUAGUUGAUUUGAACAAGACCUGGUCUGAGAAGAUGCAAAGACAUCUUGAUGACAAAGCAAAGAAGUCGCAAAGACAUGGGUGCAGGCAGGUUAUGGCUGAAAUGCUCCAGCUUUUGAAUGGUUAUCACGACAACCACCACCGUUGCCAGCUUUUCAUAAAUCCAAAUCAUGAAAAUCCUCCUCGGACCUUCCGGCUUCGAACUGUAAAGACGCCCUGGUCAAUAGAGAAUCGGUUCCUUGAACACCUUGAGGCUUAUGGACUCCUACAUUUUGCGAACAUCGCAGCUCGUCGAGGUAGUUUUACUGCCGACCCAUCCCUUUUGACAUCCCUCGUUGAUAGAUGGAGACCGGAGACCCACACAUUUCACUUUCGAUGUGGAGAGCUUGCACCUACUCUAAAAGAUGUGUCAAUGAUCACAGCUUUACCAAUUAGAGGUGUGCCAGUGGUACAUCCACGAGUUUCUCCUAAUUGGCCAGCAGAUGUCUCUGCCCGUUUGAGGCUCGAAAUGCCCAUAUCAGAUCGUUCUGGUCCGCCUCGAGGUGUCCCACACAGCUGGCUUCGUAUUAACUUCGAAAUUUUAUCUACCCAUGCUGAUCCUGAGACAACGAAGAGACACUUGUUUGCAUAUUUGUUGUGGCUCUUCGGUGUGAUGUUUCCUAAUUCUCACGGGGAUGUAGUUUUGCCUGGUCUCAUCUAUUUUGCCGCAAAGAUAGUAGACGAACCUUUACCCCAAAAUCCACCAUAUAGCUUUGGUUCUGCUUUGCUUUCUCACACAUACCGAGGGUUGUGUGAUGCCACUCAAAAAACGGCAUUCACAUCUAAAGCUCCAUUACUUUGUGUCUCCUACGAGUUUCUACAGUUGUGGUCCUGGGAAUACUUACCUGUAGGACGACCGCAGAUAGUAGAACCCGCAACCCCGUACAACUAUGGUGAGGGUGUUGUAACUAUGUCCACUCGGUGGAUGCUGGGUCGAAAAAAAUGGUCUACUAAAAUUGCAAAAAAUUGUUACCCCAUAUACCAUGAUCAGUUUGAGCUUCUUAACGACUCACUAAUAACAUGGAACCCGUGGACUGAGGCGCACAUUGAUAUGGUAUUUGGUUCGCAACACAUGCCAGUGGAAUGCGUGAGAGAUAGUGCAUUUUGGAUGACUCGCUGCAAUUUACUCUAUCUAUGGUUUGUGGAACCGUAUAAUCCUGACCGUGUCAUGAGACAGUUCGGUCUAUAUCAAGAUAUUCCACCACCGGUUCCAAGAUGUAUCGACGAAGAAACUCAUAAGAUGAGCAAUAUGGGCAGAUCUGGUGUGGACUGGAAUGCAGAAAACAUUGAAUGGAUAAAUCAGUGGAAUAAUGAAGCUCUACAAAAUAUAGUGCCUCAGCAACGAACGUACGAUGCAACUACGACAGAAGCGUACUAUAAUUGGUAUCGCAUGAGCACGCGUACUAGACUGACGAGUGAACCACCUACGAUGCCAACACAUCCAACGCAUAUGGAACAGUUGCAGAGACGGAUGGACACAUCAUCAGCUUACUAUCGUGACUCCGCGAUUGAUAUUUGCACCCAAGUACAAGCGAUGGCGAGUGAAGGAAUGCGAGCCGAGGGAAUUGAUCCUAAACGCAGGUCGUGGUUUAAAAAAAUUAGCGAAUUCGUGAGCACAAGGAUUACGAGAUGCGGUACAGAGAACGACGUUGUCAGUGCAGCGUACAACAUUCCGGAACCGAGGUCAGCUAGACCGAGUGGGGCGCCGUCGUCGUCCAUGCGGUGGGCAGAGGGUCGUAAUACUAUGCUGACACUUCCACGACAUGACUCGUCUCUACCAAUACAUGGGCAGACAUCACAGGUAAAUGCUCCAGAUGUAGGAUCGACACCCGAACAGACUCAUUUCGUGGAGAUCUCAGCCAUAUCUGCCCACACGAGGGAUUAG